AUGGACGACAUCACAAUCACUCCUCAAAUAGCGCCAAUCUCGAGUUCGAGGAGAGUCUCCAUGGAGGAAUAUUACAAGCAGGAAAAUGAGUCUUCCGAUCAAAUACAGGAACCAGAAGUUGAGGAGGAACCAGAGGAGGAACAGGAACCAGAGCCAGAGAUCGAUAUCGAUGUCGAAAUUGAGGAUAAGCCAGCAGAUUCAGCGUCGAUAGUAGAUCCUCUACUCGACUCUCCUCCUUCGUACGAUGCUUCGGUUCGUUCUCAAAAUAUGCGCAGUCGUUUGAAUAUUCAACCUCGAGAAGAUGAAGGAAGAGAGACGCUUCCAGGAUAUUCCGCGGGUAUCAGUCUGGAAAAUGUAUUCAUGAGGAAGAUGGAACUACAGGGCGCGAUACAUAGGGCUUCGGAUAGAAAUUGGUAUCGAGUGUUGGCGACAUUGCAAGGGACUCUUUUGACCUUCCAUAAAUUCAAAGGACCGGGCCUAUUUGGUCUGGAGUGUGGAGAGAGAAAGGGUACACCAGAUAUGCCUGCUGGUACGAAGCGCGGAAGUUUAUUGGGAAGUUAUAAUUUGCAGCAUGCAGAGGUUGGCAUCGCUGCAGAUUAUGUCAAGAAAAACUAUGUUAUCCGAGUCCGAGCAGAAGCAGAUCAGUUCCUUCUAUCUUGCAUCAAAAUCGAAACAUUCGUCAGCUGGCUGCAAUCACUUUUCAUAGCCAUCGAUAUUUCCAUGCCGCUUGAUGAACGACAAAUUCCAAAAGAUCAAUCCAUUCCACGUUCACGACGAAGGAGACGAAGGGAAGCAAGAGAAAUACAAGUCAACGACGAGCUUAUCCGAGCCCAAGAAGAACUCAUCCGAACACAUUACCCCAACCUCGCAACUUCAAGCAACUCCCGAGAAAGAAUUACCACGCGCCCGUCAACAGCUCCACCCACAUCUCGAUCCAAUCCACCCCACACACCCCGUACGCCCCCAGCUUGCGUAACCGAAGCCGAGACCGCUCUUCGAGCCCUCCAAGAAAUGGGUCUCAUAGGCGGUCGACCCCGUCGUCACCGCAUGCUGCAUCGACGCACUCCCAACCCCAUACCCUCUCACUCCUUCUGUCCCGACACGGGAAAAUGGCGUCCGGAACACGCAUGGUCUCCUCGAUACGAUAUGUUAUAUGCCAAGAAAUGCAUGGCUAUCCUUACAAAUUGCUCGCCUCGAAAAUCAAACUAUCUCAUCAUGAAAGGCAAACAGUGGAUUGUAGAUUGGAGCACGGGUUCGUUAACGCAAUGCGAACCUCCGGAGUAUGGAGAGGAGUAUUGCGGGAGGUGGAAAAUAGAUCAUAAUGGGUCGCUGGUUAAGGCUUGA